CACACCUCAUCCGCACCAUGGCGGUCCUCGACUUUCUCCUCUCCUCCGACGACGAGGCUUCGGGCGCGCCUGCCCGCCGCGGCAAGGCGAGCGGCAGCAACCGCGAGGCGCUGCAGCCACGCACCUCGGCCUCGACGUCGGCGCCCAAGCCGGCCUCGCGCAAGCGGCGUGCGCCCGCCAGCGACGAUGAGGAGGCACCAGACAUCACAGAUGCGCUGCUCGGCCCGCGCGGCGGCUCCAAGGGCAAGGCGUUGCCGCCGCGGCCCGCACCCGUCGACGACGAUGGCAGCGGCGACGAGCAACUCAUCGCCGCCGCCACGCACCGCCAGAACAAGAAGGCGGGCACGGAGCUGGCGCGCGACGUGAGCAAGGCGAAGAACGGCGGCAAGGGCAAGAAGACGGGCGGUGGUGUGGUGGCGGGUGGUGGCAGCUUUCAGAGCAUGGGUCUGCCGCCACAACUGCUGCGCUCUCUGCUGCUGCGCGGCUACACCACGCCGACUCCUAUCCAGCGGCUAGCUGUGCCAUCGCUUAUGGCGACACCGACGCGUGACCUCGUCGGCAUGGCCCGCACUGGUUCCGGCAAGACGCUGGCCUACAUGCUGCCGCUCUUGACACGCCUCGGCGGCAAGCACAGCACGACGGUCGGCAUCAAGUCCGUCAUUCUGUGCCCGUCGCGUGAGCUGGCGCUGCAGAUUCUGCGCGUCGGCAAGGAGCUGGCGCGCGGCUGGAAGGUGCCCGAUGCCGAGCCGCUGCGCUGGGCGCUCGUGGUCGGUGGUGAGGGCCUCGAGGAGCAGUUCGCACUGCUCGCCGCCAACCCGGACGUGCUCAUCGCGACGCCUGGUCGGCUGCUGCAUCUCGCGGUCGAGUCGAACCUCGACCUUUCAGCUGUGCAGUACGUCGUGUUCGACGAGGCGGAUCGGCUGUUCGAGAUGGGCUUCGCGAGCCAGCUUGAGGAGCUGCUGGCGCGCCUGCCGCCUGGGCGCCAGACUGCGCUCUUCUCCGCCACGCUGCCCAAGUCACUUGUCGACUUUGCCCGCGCCGGCCUUGCGCCGAACCCGAAGCUCGUGCGUCUCGAUGCCGACGCCAAGAUCUCGACCGACCUCAAGAUGAGCUUCCUGUCGGUGAAGCCGUCCGAGAAGGAGGCGGCGCUACUGGUGCUGCUGCGCGACGUCAUCGGCGUGCCGUUUGGCUCGCAGGCACCUGUGCAGGCGCCGCACUGGGGUACUGGCGCGAAUGCGCCGCCGCCAGAGAAGCGUCGGAAGGGCGCGGUGCUCAACGGCGCAGACGAGCUGAUGCCGCACCAGACGAUCGUCUUCUGCGCAACGAAGCACCACGUUGAGUACCUCCUGGCGCUGCUCCAGGUCGCUGGCUGGACGUGCGCGCACAUCUAUUCGUCGCUGCACCAGGCUGCGCGUACGCUCGAGAUGAAGCGCUUCCGCGACGGCGAGGCGUCGCUGCUCAUCGUCACCGACGUCGCCGCGCGUGGUAUCGACUUGCCGAGCAUGGCGCACGUCGUCAACUACGACCUGCCUGCCUCGCCGCGUGUCUUUGUGCACCGCGUCGGUCGUACCGCACGUGCAGGCAAGAGCGGUUGGGCGUGGUCGAUCGUCACGGGCAACGAGCUGCCGCACCUGUGCGACCUGCAGCUCUUCCUCGCCCGGCCGCUUGAGCCAGCUCGCACACCGAGCGACGGCACACUCGACCUGCACGCCUCGCUUCGCCUCGGCACGCUUCCGCGCCAGGCCAUCGACACUGAGUCGGAGCACAUCCUGACCAGCCUGCACGCCUCUUCGAGCGACGCCGCUGUCACCUUGCCGGCACUGCGCCAGGUCGUGACGCGCGCACAGAAGCUGUACGAGCGCUCGUCGAUCCGCGCUUCGCAGGAGUCGCAUCGCCGCGCCAAGAGCAUGCUCUCUGGCGAGAACGGCUGGGCGCUGGCGGGCAACAACCGCGAGGAGAGCGGUGUGCACGACGUGAUCCGGCGGCCGGCUGCGUAUGGCCUCACUGGCAAGGGUCCGACGGCCGCGGGCGAGGGCAGCACCAAGGCGCCUGCCAACCGGCGCAUGGACGAGGAGACGGCUCUGGCUCGCGAGGCCCUGCUCGCCAAGAUCAAUGGCUUCAACCCGACGGAGACCGUCUUCGAGGUCGGCACCCGCGGCGCCAACCCUCUCACGAACCUGAUGCGCAGCCGCCGCACCACUCUGGCCGGCAAGCAAGCCAAGGCUGCCGCACGGGUGGCGCACCGCGAGCUGAUUGACGGGACUGCCGCGCCAGAGGAGGAGGAGGACGAGAUGCGGCUGGACGAGGCCGGUGACGUCGAGAUGGCAGACGAGGAGGAGAUCGAGGACGUCUUUGACGUGCCGAAUGCGUCCAAGAAGCGCGCUCGCCGCGAGGCAGCCGCCAAGAAGGACUACAAGGACCCCGAGUUCUACAUCAACUACACGCAGAAGGAUGCACACACGGAGAAGGGCUACUCGCUCUCCAACGGCGGCACCUUUGCCGAGCAGGCAGCACACGCCACGUUCUCGCUCGGCAACGACGAGGCGAGACUGGGCACGAGCUCGCAGGCGCCGAACGCCGCACGCUGGGACACCAAGAAGAAGAAGUUCAUCCGCGGCGACGGCGUCGGCGCCGACAACGAGAAGUACAUCCGCACCGAGAGCGGCUCGCGCCUGCCCGCCUCGUUCCGCUCGGGCCGCUUCGACGAGUGGAAGAAGGCGCAGAAGGUGUCGGUGCAGAAGGUCGGCGAGCAGGAGGACGCCAAGGCCGCCGGUGCCGCGUGGCAGCUGGCGGGCAUGACCCGCGGUGCUGCUCGUGGCGGACGCGGCGGCGGCAACAUGGGCCGAGGAGGAGGCCGAGGCGGCGCUGCCGGCGGCCGCACCUUCCGGCACAACAGCUACACGGCGCCCAAGCCGCUCGACCCGCUGCGCAAGGACUAUCAGAAGCAAGUCGCCAAGCGCUCGGCCGCCGCUGAGGCUCGUGGCGGCGAGCCGCAUCCUGCCAGCGCCGCUGGAGGCCGCGGUGGGCGCGGCGGCGGUCGUGGAGGCGCACGCGGACGGGGAGCCGCGAGUCGUGGCCGCGGCAUGGCUCGCGGCUCGGGCCGGCCAGGACAGCACGUCCGGAACGAGCUCAAGAGCGCCUCGGCCAUCCAGAAGACGCGCCAGCUGGCCACGCAGCGCAAGGAGAAGAACGCCCGGGCGCCGAGCCGCAAGCGCGGCGGCAAGCGAUGAGUGUCAGAGCGCAAUGCCGCCAGCAGGCCAAUGCCAUCUAGUCAUUUGCCA